GAGAGAGGGGGAGCAAGGAUGAGAGGGAGGAGGAGGAGAGCGAGAGAGUGGGAGAUGCAGAGAUACCGGGAGUGUGAUGGUUUGCACUCUAAUCCAGAGGAAGCAUAACAGAGUUAGUUUGAUGUAGAUUAUUCACGCAGUCUAAACUGAUGACAAAAAUGAAGACAAGAGGAAGAAACAGAAAUGUCACAUUUAUCCAUGAAGGACAACUCUUUGCUGGACUUCUUCUAAAUGGGGCGCAUGAAGAAAACACUGAAGACUCUUGGCUGCUCAAAGAAAACCAGGUGUGAUUCCUUUAGUGCUCCCUGAAAUGAACCAGAAUCAUCAGCAGUCGACCUGCAGCUGUUUUGCAGCGAUGGGAGGAGAGGAUACGGUGUGGUGACCGGAGCGGCUCUGGAGCCUCUGUUUACUCCACAUGGUUACUGUAAUCCACAGACAUACAAAUGAAGGAUAUACAGAUGACAUCCUGCCCCGCGAUUUCAAAUUGAUGUCAGAGAUUGCUGCUCUCUGGCUGAAGAAGCGACUUCCAUUGCUCCAUGAUAAUGACCUUCUCAUAGACCGCUGAAUCCAGCCACAAUGCGUCCACUCACCGGCGAUCGCAUGUGUCAUGGUAAUUGGACAUCCAUGUGGCGGCUAAGUCUCCCAUGAUUUAGGGUGCUGCCUGUCGAGGGGAAAACUGGAGGCCUGAGCGUGGUUCACAAGUCAACGUUGGCUGGAGCCAGAAGAACAAAGACUGGUGUGAAGGCUGGAGAGUGAAGGCCUCGUCCAUUAGAGCUCCCUGGGGAGGCAGAGGCCUCGACACCGUCUGGAUGUACUGUCCUAUUCCCGACACACUCUGAGCACCACCUUGCUGCAUACUGGGGAACAAACAACACACUGACAGCUCUUUCCUUUUGGAGUUUAUCCCAACGUUUGGAAGCAGUUUACCACAUUUACGCGUCUAAGACACGUAUCGUUAUCCGUAAGCCGGAAUAAAAACAGAGAAGGAAAAAGAAAAGCACACAUCUGGGUGCUUCGUGAGUUACAUAUUCCAGUACUGUGCUAAAGAAGACUUUUUAAAAAAAGUGUUUUCUUGGUUGGCUUGAAUCGCUUCAAAUUGGGAAUAUAAUAUUUUAAACAGAGGAAUCCUCUGACAUCUUACGCUUUUUUUUCCAACUGAUUUGUCAAUGCUUACAUCUUCCUCAAAGCAAGCCUUCACUGACGAUAGCUCUUGCUCUUUGGCCGUGGAGCUCAGGCGAAAAAAGCUGGGAUUUUUGGCGAGACACUCAGGUGCUUUUGUGCACCUCUGGGAUGGAGUGAAAGGAAAAGCCUUGCUGGGGGGGCUCUGCUAGAGCGGAAACGUUUCCACCGGCUAUGUUUGGAUGUGAUGCGUCUCUCUGUGGAUCUAGCAUGGACUGCCUGCUCUGACUACACAGUCCUGGUGUUCAGAUAGUUCUGGAGCGAAAGGAUAAUGCAUAUUUUUCCCUGCCGACAAAAAGAAGCCACCAUGAGCAACGUCACGGUCACAGACAACACUGAGCCCAUCAGCAGUGCCAUGAGUCCGGCGGCCCCCGACCCGUACCCUUACCCCGUUAGCUUUCAGAUCUCCCUGACGGGCUUCCUGAUGCUGGAAAUUCUGCUGGGUCUGAGCUCCAACCUCACAGUGCUUGCACUUUACUGUAUGAAGUCCAAUCUCAUUAGUUCCGUCAGCAACAUCGUCACCAUGAACCUUCAUGUGCUGGACGUGCUGAUCUGUGUGUGCUGUAUCCCCUUAACAAUUGUGGUGGUGCUUCUCUCGCUGGAAAGAGACAUGGCCCUCGUCUGCUGUUUCCACGAGGCCUGCGUCUCCUUCGCAAGCGUUGCCACUGCUGCUAACGUGCUCGCCAUCACCCUCGAUCGCUAUGACAUCUCUGUGAAACCGGCCAACAGGGUGCUGACCAUGGGUCGUGCGCUGGCACUGCUGGCUUCGAUUUGGGUGCUGUCCUUUGCUAGUUUUCUUGUUCCCUUUAUCGAAGUGGGMUUCUUCGCUCACGACCMCGCUGAGCUGAACCAGACGGCGGUGGAGAACGGGGCCCUCAGCAACAACGAGUACUACACCGAACCCGGCCUCUAUUAUCACUUGCUAGCUCAGAUCCCUAUUUUCUUCUUUACGGCAAUUGUUAUGCUAAUCACCUACUCGAAGAUCCUGCAGGCACUCAACAUUCGCAUCGGCACACGUUUCCACGCGUCACAGAAGAAAAAGGCUCGCAGGAAAAAGCGUCCGUCCAUGACGGCCAUGUCAACGCAACAGGAGGCCACGGACGCGUCCCAGAGCAGCACCAGCCGCAAUCCCACGCUGGGCAUGCGAACGUCCGUCUCCGUCAUCAUUGCCCUGCGGCGGGCUGUGAAGCGCCACAGAGAGAGGCGAGAACGCCAAAAGAGGGUCUUCAGGAUGUCCCUGCUGAUCGUGUCCACCUUCCUGCUGUGCUGGACGCCGAUCACGGUUCUCAACACGGUCAUCCUGAGCGUGGGCCCCAGUAACCUCAUGGUGCGGUUGAGACUCGGCUUCCUGGUGAUGGCGUACGGGACCACCAUCUUUCACCCGCUGCUCUACGCCUUUACGAGGCAGAAGUUCCAGAAGGUCCUGAAAAGCAAGAUGAAAAAGCGUGUGGUGUCGAUCAUCGAGGCCGAUCCCACGCCCAACAACGCAAUCAUUCACAACUCCUGGAUUGACCCAAAGAGGAACAAAAAGGUGACGUUCGAGGACAAAGACGCGCAGCUGAAAUGUCUUUCGUCUGAAGAUGUGGAGUGAAGAAGCUUGUCACGUUAAGGUGAAACGCAGCCAAAGCAGCUAAAAGUGACUUCAAGCCAUCAUGAAAAAGGGAAAAUUGUAUUCCAAAGCAGUAAUGUAAAAUACGAUGUGCAAUAUGAUGUACAAAUGUAGAAGGUGGAUAAUUUAUUACUAUUUAUUGAGAAUUGAGGUAAGUUUCAUAGAUGUAUUAUUGUACUGUAGAUAUUGCAUGGCCUUUUGUAACAGCAGCAACAACACAUUAUGUACAUACAGUUACAUGUACAGAACAGGUUAAACGAGAUAUUUAAAUAGAGAGAGACGUAGGAAUUGUUAUGUAAACGUAUGUUUAUAAUAAAUUUUGUGCUCACAUCUAGUGCAGCUUCCUAUUCUCCGCUCCCUCAGGAAAGAUGUUUGUGAAUCGGUAACAGCUGUGAGAUUACACGCAUUUAUCUUGUUGCCACUUUUCUUUGACACCAGUCCCGGCGGUCUCCGGCGACCGCUAACCUUAUUGCUCGGGAGCGUUUGAGAAGAAGGCCCUUACACUGAAAUUUGACAAUAAAUACAAGGCAGCAAACAAAGACAGGUCAUAUGCAGUGCAGGUGAGAAGUGUACGUACAUCACAGGCAUGAAUAUGUUCAAGAUACAAGACGUGGUGAAAUGAUGGCGCAACAGACAACAAGGAUUUCUAAAGACUAGAUUUGGGAGUACAUGUUUGAAUUUAUGUUUGAACUUCCUGUCAUCCAGAAAAAUGAUGUACUGAGGGGAAAAAAAUUCUCUACUGUAGUUUUGUGGAAUUGUAUUUUUGCAAGUUUUAGAAAAAAACACAUGCUUCUUAAAGCUAUGAGAUUCAAUUCUUGAUUUAUCAGCCUUGAAAGACCUAAUUUAAAUGGGAUUCUUUCCAGUUGUAUUUUUUUUUAGAGAGAGAGGUCUGGGUAAUUUUCAAAGCUUGUAUUUUUUAUUUUUUUAGAGAUGUCUGGGUAAUUUUCUAAGCUUAAUAUUUGCCUGUUUUUUUUCUCCCAUUCCAACACCAGUUUUAAAAUGUGACCAUUAUCCUUUUGGAUCACCGUUUUGUGUUCAAGGUUCAACCUGAUGGCCCUAAUUGGCGCCGAGGCUCGACGCUAUUGUAAACAGGAAGUUGCUGGAACAGCUGUCCCUCUGUCCACCGUGAGGACAGUUUCAUUUCAACAUUGACUGAGAGAGUGCUGACCAAGACAAAAGCUUCUGCUCUAAAAUUAGCACCUUUAAUCUUGGAUCAAAUGUACAGCUGCCAGUGCAGGCUGUCCCUGCGCCCUCUGUAAAACUGAAUACAAUAAAAUGAGACAAACAUUAAGUUAUUUGGCUGCAGUGACAGGCACUUUCUUUAGGGUCAAGGUUGAGGCUUUCAAAACCUGAGAACACUGUGCAACCUGCCAAGGACAGCGGCUGUAGCGUUAUGUCUGAUGUCUGUUUUUGCAGCACAAAAUGGAUGCUGCGAGGAAAAAGUCAGACGACUCCCAAAUUCUUCACCUUCCCCUCAAAUUAACACCUGGUCGGUCGAAAAUUUAGAUUCAAACUUGGAACAACAAUCGCAGUUUCACAGUAAAACUGGUUUGGAGUGAAUGAAGCUUUUUAUUUAAAUAGUCGCUUCCUUUAAACCCUUUGAAAACAUGUGGACUGCACUUAAACAGCUGGAUUUAUGCCAGGAUGACGACACAUAUGAAUGAGCUCUUCCUGUUCUACUAAGAGCCCUGGCCAAAUAUCGUGAAUUAUCCCAGAGCUUUUGCUUAUCGUGAGAAGAGGUCUGUGCUUUUUCCACAAUUUCAUAAAGAGAACUUAACUAAAUACAAGUGAAGGUGAACGCAUAUAUUUUAACCUCAAUGUAUAAUUUGACCUCCUGUUGGAUAAGAGGUGAUGUGUAAUAAUUUAAAUUUGGUGCAACCUGCUUACGUUUCUAAAAGUCCCAGAAGCAUCAAAAGUAAAGAAUGGUUCAAACAAGCCAAUAAAAGCCCUCAAUUAGUACAUGAGUACCGUACACAGAGGAGAGAAGGGGAUGUUGGUUUUGAAAUGAAAGAAGAAAAAAACAUGCUCAGGAAGUACUGUUCACAGUUCGCCAUUUGCACACACAUUCCACAGACACAACAGAGCGCCAUGCUUCUCGUCAUCCUGGCUGACAUAAACCAGAUGUAAUCUCGUUCUGGUCUGCCUCUUCUUUUUUUUUUUUUCCUGCCAUUGAUUUUUUGUCACUGAAAAAGCUAUCAUAGCCUAAUUUUAAGAUGAUGAAAUGAGUGUAACACGAGGUAGAGAUGAGACUGUGACGGUUUAAAUUAAAACAAAGAUUUCAAAGAGAAUUUAAAAAAUGUUUAUUACUCGCCUUCUGCUGUAAUAAAGUACUUUGCUGCCCGCAUGAGGCUAGUAAUGCAUGCUUUUUAUCAUAUGUCAACGAAGGAGGCAGCACAGUUGUUCUCCCUGAGUUAUUGCAGCUUUGUAUUUUGGUCUUAGUGACAGGCUCGCCCUAAAUAGGCGGAAAUAUUCUAUCCAUACAGCUGCAGAAGAGUUUCAGAAGAGAAAAAAAAGAAACCGUGUGCUUUAACAGUAAAUCUAGAUGCAGGGUUACAUACAAUUUCUCGUUUUUUGGUUAUCAUAUGAAUACGAUAGGCAUCCUUCAUUUUGUCCUCAGGUCAAGAAUCAUUUUCUUUGUGAAGUCCAUAUAGAAUUCUCAUGCAUACAAAAAAAAAGCUACCCACAAUGCACGCUGCCUCCUCUCUUCAUCUCCUUAAUGAACCUAUUACAUGUGCACCUUUGCUGUCUCACAUAUGGCAGAAAAUCGAGGAGCCCUUUUCAAUCCACAAAGCACGAAGCUGUUGGCUACCAGACUGAUUGCACAGCCUCAAUCAAAUGCGUGUCUGGCUGUCAGCGUCUGGUUAGUGGCACGGCGGACAAAAUUGAUGUGGGAAUAUUGAGGCAGGCAAGGGAUCCUUAUGGGCCCGCUUUAAAGCGGCAGCCAGGAUGCCACGGUGCCUUAAGGGCACAUCUGAUCGAGAGAGAAGAUGGGAUCAGAGCCAGCAACAGAUUAGCCGGCAGAAGAGGGAAACUGACCUAUAAAGAUGAAUAUUUAUACAGCACUCAGGAUAUUUUAGAUUGUAGCGUCAACGGCGGAGGGUUGCAACUUUUUGCAACUUUUUGCAGUUUUUGAAUUCUGCAACAUUGCUCUCUAACUGGGGCGGGAUGCCCCAGAGGUAGCCUCUAAAAAAGGGGGGCGCCAUCUGCCGCAGGCGUCGAUUCGAACCCACCUGGGGGACGUUUCACAGCUACUCUGACAACUAACGUUUUCAAGUCAUUUUCUAAAAUGUGACUCCAGUAAAUAAUACCAACCAACAGGAAGUCAUUUCCAGUGAUUCUGGUUUGGUGCAGAGUAAUAGUGAUAUUUCAGGAGAGCUAUGAGGGUUCGCGACAGGAUCAAAACUCAAAUGUUGUAUCAUGAAACAUUGUUGGACAGUAAUGUGGAAUUUGGUUAAAUUAUGUUUCAUUUAUAAAUUAGCUGCUUAACAAUAAAGCAAUAUACAUAAUGAAGUUGUUUAUGGGUAAGAAAUGCAAGUCUAAUGUGAUGAAACUCCACACCACAGGGGCAAAAUGGAGGUACAAAUUACCAUUAAUUAAUCCUGUGAUCUGUUGCUGAGUAUUAUUAAAUAAAUUCACUGUAAAGUCUAAAUUAUAUUUAAUUACUGCCAAUUGUAUAUCCCCUCAGGAGUAAAUAAAUUACAGCUCUUCUCAAAUGCUAGGUACUAUUAAGCUUUGUUAUUAUCAUACAAAAAUAUCUGUUAAAAAUAAAUCUGUAGUUAAUUAACGGCUGCUUGAUUUUGAGCUCUGGACGGUACAACGUAGACAAAAACACUAUUAUAUUGAAUUCAUUUAGAGCUUGCUUCGUCCAGGCAGUGUGUCUGAUCCAUCGCUUUAUGGUCAAUCCUUCAAGAAGUGGUCCGCAAAGUUGGGGUAAAAAUACCGUCGUUUGCUCUUGCAAUGAUCUUCAGACAUGAAAUUGAACUUAAAAAAUGUUACAGCAGAUUUUAGCAUAUUUUCUUCCAAACAUUUGGAUGCUUUUGAUAAAAGAUUGUUGAGGAUGUUUGUAUUUUCAUUAUGUCUUUUUUUUUUUAAAAUCAGGUUUCCAUCAGUGUCUCCACUUCCACUGUCUGUUUUUUGGUAGUCAGAUGGUUCAGGCUUUGGAUCCACUGACGUUGCAAAAAUAAACAAACUGCAUGAAGCAAAAUCA